AUGUCGGCGACCGCCAAGACACUGAAGAAGUCAGUGGACCGUCUUCGUGGACAGAUGAUGCGGACGGCCCAUGGAUUUCGUGACUACAACUUUCGUCAGUACUUUGUGCAGCACGUCAAGGACGACUUUGACGCAGUUGCAAAGCUCCCUGAAGAAGAGCAGAGGAAAUUUUUAGCGACAGAGGGGCGCGAUAGGCUGCGUCAGCUACAGCGGAUGGUUGUGGUGAACCAGAUGUAUGCCAAGCGGCCUGUCUACUUUGACACUGUCGCGCAGAAGCACCAUCACAGACAUGAUGACGGCACGGGUAAGCCAGUCAUGAAAUGA